CCAGUUUGGCAUUAUCGACGUGCGGGAGCGAAAAUUACAGGUUAUUCGACGAAAUGAAAUAACGGGAUAGUCUUCUCGGCAAACAGGAGCAUGAAGCAGACACGACGCGAGCUGCAGCCUCUCGGCAAACGAUUCGGAAAACUGGAUCUCGAUCGAGUUGGGUUUUUUCACGAUCCAUCGCCGGCACCCUUCGACAAGUACACCGGAACAACUGUAAAGUUUCGGGAGGGCAUCGAGAAGGGACGUCAACUGCACCCUGGCCCACCCACACCCUUAUUCGAACAGAAAUUCACGCGAAUUUUCUACGGAGAGGCGUUGAAUGAACCAUGGCGAUCGCAGCCGAAAGAUCGGGUAAUCGAGCGACACGAUUUAGUGGAAUUGCUGUCAUGCGAUUUCUUCGACUUCUGGCGCCGCUGGAUCCGUCAAGCCGCGUUAACUGGAAACCAUUCUUCAUUUACACAUUCGCCAAAAACUGUGCAGUGGAACACCUGCAUCCUCUAGAUUUUUAGAUA